CUCUCAGUAAUAAAAUAGCGUUGAGAAAACCUCAAGAAUAAACCCUAACCCUUUCAAAGUAAAGAAAUCACAGUAGCUACUCACCAAACCCCAAAUCUUAGGUGAAGAAGCACAAUACCAGAUCCAUGUAUUGCUCUUAUAUAAACUCCAAAACAACCCCGUCUCCUCCAUCUCUCUAUACCCACAGGUCGAGGCAGCAACUCCACUCUCCUUCUCUCAUCCCCAGAUCGCCCCGCCUCACUCCUUCUCUCAUCCCCAGAUCUCCCCACCUCAGAGGGAAAAACCGCUUCCCCUUCCUCUCUCUCUCAUCCCCAAAUCUCUCGCAGACAUCUCUAGAUCUCCCAAACCUAGAGAGGGAAACAAUGGAGCCGGUGAGCGAAUGGGGCCGAACCCCUCUGGAAGCCGUCGACACUGAGAUUUACGACCUCAUCGAGAAGGAGAAGCGGCGCCAGUCCCAUGGGAUUGAGCUUAUCGCCUCCGAAAACUUCACUUCUCUGGCUGUCAUUGAGGCCCUUGGCAGCCCCCUCACCAACAAGUACUCUGAGGGCCUCCCUGGGAACCGCUACUACGGCGGAAACGAAUUCAUCGACCAAAUUGAGAACCUCUGUGGCGCCAGGGCCCUCCAAGCCUUCCGCUGCGACCCUGCCAAAUGGGGCGUAAAUGUUCAGCCUUAUUCGGGGAGCCCUGCGAACUUCGCCGCUUACACCGCUCUGUUAAACCCUCAUGAUCGCAUUAUGGGAUUGGAUCUGCCUUCAGGUGGGCAUUUGACGCACGGGUACUAUACAUCUGGGGGGAAGAAGAUUUCAGCCACCUCCAUUUACUUUGAGAGUUUGCCCUAUAAGGUGCACUCCCAAACUGGAUACAUUGAUUAUGAGAAGUUGGAGGAGAAGGCGAUGGAUUUCAGGCCAAAGCUGAUUAUCUGCGGUGGCAGUGCAUACCCCAGGGACUGGGAUUAUGCCAGGCUCAGGGCAAUUGCAGACAAGUGCGGGGCUCUAUUGCUCUGUGAUAUGGCCCACAUAAGUGGGCUUGUGGCCGCUCAGGAAGCUGCAAACCCAUUUGAUUACUGUGACAUUGUCACAACCACCACUCAUAAGAGCUUAAGGGGACCAAGAGCCGGUAUGAUUUUCUUUAGGAAAGGGCCCAAGCCUCCCAAGAAGGGCCAACCAGAGGGUGCUGUUUAUGACUUUGAGGACAAGAUCAAUUUUGCGGUUUUCCCUGCUCUUCAAGGAGGCCCGCACAACCACCAGAUUGCUGCAUUGGCUGUUGCCUUGAAGCAAGUGAUGACCCCUGGGUUCAAGGUAUAUGCUAAACAAGUCAGGGCCAACGCGGUUGCCAUAGGGAACUACUUGAUGAGCAAGGGCUACAAGCUUGUCACUGAUGGCACUGACAACCACCUUGUCUUGUGGGAUCUUCGACCUCUUGGUUUGACUGGCAACAAAGUUGAGAAACUAUGUGAUUUGUGCAACAUUACAGUGAACAAGAAUGCUGUUUUUGGUGACAGCAGUGCUCUGGCUCCUGGGGGUGUUCGAAUUGGUGCCCCAGCUAUGACCUCAAGGGGUUUGGUAGAGAAGGAUUUUGAGCAGAUUGGGGAGUUUCUCCACCAGGCUGUUACCAUUUGCCUCGGCAUCCAGAAAGAAUAUGGGAAGCUCUUGAAGGACUUUAACAAGGGCCUUGUCAACAACAAGGACAUCGAGAACCUUAAGAACGAGGUCGAGAAAUUUGCAGCCUCUUUUGACAUGCCUGGAUUUGAUGCUUCUGCCAUGAAGUACAAAGACUAAAUGGAGCAUUUAUUUUGCCGCUUAAAAAAGAAUUUUAACUGUUUCUAGUACUUCCAAUACCUCUCUCUGCUAGGGAGCACUUGAGCAUGUGUUCUUUUCUCAAUUUUCUUUAUGCCUUUCAGUGAUGUUAAUUUGAGCUAGUUUUUGUUCUCAAAUACCUGUAUUCUUUUUGCUUCCUGUGGUGAUCAAACUUUGAUAUAUAUGGAAAGUGUGAAGCAAAUGGUUCGAAAGUUUAUUAUUGAAAAAUAAGAGAAGAAUGAUGACUUGAUGAUUGCUGU